AUGUCCCAGUCAAAUAUCAAAGCAGUUUUUUUCGACUUCAUGGGCACAUGCCUUGACUGGCACAGCAGCGUAGUCACAGCCUUACCUUCAACCAUUCCAGGGAAUGAAGCAUCCAAGUUUGCCCUUGAAUGGCGCAGGCAGUAUUUCCUGGAAAUUAACAAACGCUUUUUGCAAGGCCUUCACCCAGAAGAUAUCGACGAUACACUUGCCCGCACGCUCGAAGUAACCCUCAACCGGUCUCCCGAACCCCGACCCCGCAUUGACGCCGAAACCAAAAACAAAUUGGUCCAAGCAUGGCACUCCCAGCCUGCAUGGCCAGAGGUCUCAAAGGCAAUCAGAAGCAUCCGACAAGAUCUCAAUCUAGAGGCUUUCGUUCAUGCGAACGGAACUACCCGUCUUCAGCUUGAUCUGACGCGGUCUUCGGGGUUGGAUUUCAAUAUGCUUUUCUCUAGUCAGUUGCUGGGAUUUUACAAACCCAGCCCAGAGGCAUAUGAAAAGGCUUUACAACUUGUUAAGCUCAAGCCGGAGGAGGUGGUGUUGGUUGCGGCUCAUGCGUAUGACUUGCGUGGCGCUCAGAAGUGUGGUUUGAGGACGAUUUAUGUUCAUCGGUGGACUGAUGAUGUUGACGAGGAUAUGGAGAAGGUGAAAACUGAGUUUGAUGUCUUUUUGGAGAAUAUGGAUGAUCUUCCAGGUGUCAUUGAGCGGAUGUGA